GUGCGCGUGAAGGCGGGCGGGUCCUUCUGCCGGAAGUCUGCGCCAGCCUUUGGGGGCCCCCACAACUGCAGCCGGAGCCAGAGCCGCCCAGUAGCAGCGGGGACCCGGGCCGCUGGGGUCCGAACGGGGGUCGUCAUGAUCCGCUUCAUCCUCAUCCAGAACCGGGCGGGCAAGACACGGCUGGCCAAGUGGUACAUGCAGUUCGAUGAUGACGAGAAACAAAAGCUGAUCGAAGAAGUCCAUGCCGUGGUCACGGUCCGGGAUGCCAAGCACACCAACUUCGUGGAGUUCCGGAAUUUCAAGAUCAUUUACCGCCGCUACGCCGGUCUCUACUUCUGUAUCUGCGUGGACGUCAACGACAACAACCUCGCCUAUCUGGAGGCCAUCCACAACUUCGUGGAGGUCCUAAAUGAGUAUUUCCACAAUGUGUGCGAGCUGGACCUGGUGUUCAACUUCUACAAGGUUUACACGGUGGUGGAUGAGAUGUUCCUGGCGGGGGAGAUCCGGGAGACGAGCCAGACGAAGGUGCUGAAGCAGCUGCUCAUGCUGCAGUCCCUGGAGUGAGGGGGGCGCCGCCCCUGCACCCCACACCCCUGCCCCCCUCAGCUGCCCCCAGGAAGGACCUCAGGAAGGACCGGGGGUGUCCGGACCGCGGGACAGGAGACCGCGCCCCCCCCACUGCCUCGGGCCGCCCUGGUGUUCCCAGUGGCCGUCACCAUGCAGCGCUGUUCCUUGUCUGUGAUGCUGUGCGUGUGUGCGUGGAACCCCAAUAAACCUGUGGUCCUGCCUGGU